GCUAGGGGCUCUCGGCCGGGCUGAGCUACAUGGCGGCGGCGGCAGGCAGGGGGCGGCUCGUGCCCGGCCUGGCGCUGCUUCUCCUGCUGCUGCUGGGCGAGGUGGUGGGACCUGGAGCCUGGGCGGCCCGGAGCCGCGGCGCCGACAAGCAGAACAGCCUCCGCCGGGCGGCCAGCGGCAUCUACCAGGGGGUGAGCAGCCUGUUCGGCGAGGAGAACGUGCGGGCCCUGCAGAAGUUUUUCUCUAGGCUGACGGAAAGAUUUGUUUAUGGUGUGGAUGUAUUAGUAGACACCUUCUGGAGAAUAUGGACUGAUGUGCUGGAUGUUCUUGGAAUUGAUGCUUCCAACCUGACUCAUUAUUUCAGCCCUGCAGCAGUUGCCAACAACCCUGCCCGUGUUCUUCUGCUGAUUGGUGCUGUUUUACUUGCUUAUUGGUUUUUGUCUGUCUUCCUUGGAUUCUUCUUCUGUCUCUUACAUAUGCUGUUUGGUCGCUUCUUCUGGAUUGUAAGAGUUGCUCUGUUUGCCCUCUCAUGUGUAUACAUCCUCCAGAAGUAUGAAGGAGAACCAGAGCAUGCAGUCUUGCCUCUGUGCUUUGUUGUAGCAGUCUACUUCAUGACUGGGCCCGUUGGAUUUUAUUGGAGGAGAAACAGCAGCAGCAGCCUUGAGGAGAAGAUUGACCAUAUUGACAGUCAAAUUAGACUUCUGAACAUACGUCUUACUAGAAUAAUGGAAAACAUGGACAGAGCCAAUGACCAAUGAAAUAAAACCUAUAGAUCACUUGACACCAGCUCACUAGAAGGUUACUAAGCACUAUCUCAUUGAAAGUUACUAAGCAACAAAAUAUCACAUGAUAAAACUGUGCAAUGUUAAAACUUUAGAUCAUGUGUUAAGAAUAAGAGUAAUUUAUCUAGACUAUACACUCAGAAACAUUACACUUGUAAAAUAAGAUAUGAGAUGUUAGCUGUAUAUUCAGAGAAUUUUAUCCAUGACUAGAAUUUUAUCAGUGAAAACGCUUACUUUUACAAGCAUUUAAAAACAUCUUUUUGUAGAGUUUUUAUAAAAGCAGAUUGAGUAGUCUAUUUAAAAUAUUGAAGCUGAGCUGAGCAUUAUGCAAAUUUGACAUUAAAAAAAAUCUUACUCAAGCUACCAAAUGUUUUUCUUGAGAAGUAGUGAUUGUGGGUCCACGUUUUAAUUUUUUUUACAAAGUUGUGAGCAUUCUAAUUUACUGUUGUCUUAUUUCAUUAUCUGAAGUUGCCUUUCCAUAUAGUAUGAAAAAUGUUCUCACAUUCAGGCCAAAAAAUAUCAUACCAUAGCUUUUAAUGGCAAGAAGGGAGUUAUUUCAUAAAUCAGAAGCCCUUUAAAGCCACUCCAAAAUGAAGAACCCAUAACACUCUACAGGUAUGUGUUUUUCUUUCUUAGUUGUUCAUAUUAUGGACUUUGCCAUCAGUGGUUUUUUUUUGGGGGGGGGGUUGUUUUUUAAAGUGCAGUUUAAUAAAAUAAAAAUUGCUAUGAGGAUAAGAAAUGUAGUGUGCUGGCAAAUUUUCAGUGGCAAAGUAGUUUAUAUUUGAUCUUCACAGUAAAGCAUUUUCCACAUAGGCGUGCAUAGGAAGAAAUAGGAUUUUUAUUUUUUUUUUUAAUCUCAGGACCCACAUGCUUCCUCAGAACAAAAAAUGCAGCAGAUAAAAUACUUCCAAAUGUAUUGUUGCUUAAAGCUUUCUCAGGACCAAUAAGCAGCAAUAAAUCUAUCUUGAGGAAGAUCUGGAUUUUUUUCUAAAAUUUUAAGUCUUACGGGUGCUUUUUGCUUGAAGUCCAUGUCCCCAGUGGAUCUUUGGGGAGGUCAAUCACAUUAUGGAGUGUGUAUAAAAUAGGGGAUUAUUUCAAAGUGAUGUUGGAGAGCUUUGAAGCAACUUUAUUUUGGUGGGUGUAUGUAUUUGUAUCAUUAUCAGACUAUCAUUAUGACACUGACUUUGUAAGAUUUCUUGAAGUGUGUUGAGACAAAGGUAACCUCAGGGAAGAAAGUCUGAGAAAUCAUUUAACUUUUGUAAUGCAGUGCUUUCAAGGGUUUUACGGGGAUCUGUGGUGAGAGAGCAUUUAUACCAUAGCAAUGAGCACAGUACAAAUACCCAAAUAGGUAAAAUGCACUAUCAUUAUGAAGAACCUGUUUCUAAUAUUUUUAAAAAGCUGUGUUAAAAUAAAAUCUGGUACUGAGCCAAAACCUGCUAUUUCACAUGUCCCCAUCUUCUGCAGAGGAAUUGCAUAUAACCACCUAAGCAGAAUUUGGCAUUCUGUCUUCAACUUGCUGCCUUGGGGUUUAACCAGGAUUUUAACAUUUCAUUGAAUUUUCAUUGUAAAUUUCCUUUUAAUUUUUAAUGCCGAAGUAUACAAGACUAUUUAAAAAGUGCAUGUUACUUGCCUAAUCUCUCUUUUGGUCUGUCAUAUUGAACAGGUAUUACUAUGAUUUAUUUUUAAAUCCAUAUUUAUGGGCAUUUUAAAAUGUAGGGUUUUUUGACCUUGUCAGUGAUCACUUAAACUUAGUUGGUAUAAUGUGCAAUUGACAGUAUGUAGUGUGAGCCAUUUUAAUCCUUCAUGCCAUCUGAGUGGCCACAUAUGCAAAUGCAAAACCCAUGAAUCCUUAUGAAGUUUUUGCUGAAAAUUGCGAAGUAUCCGAUUUAACCAAAAAAAGCCCCCCAAAACAACCCAACCCUUCCCCAUAAAACAGUAAAUAAUUGUGUGAUUUUGUGCAGGCUUCCAGAUUAAUAAUGCUGUAUGUCAACUUUUUUCUUCAUUCUUAUACUUUAAAAACUAGGUUAGGAUCCUACAGGCUCAACCCUGUGAACUCUAAUCUGUGUAGUGCUAUUGAUAUCAAAGGGACUAUUCACAGUAAAAACCAGUACACUCAGUAGUGCUUGUAGGAUCUGGGUACAAAGUGGACUCUUAAAUUAGGUAUUAAAGCCCAAAUUUAGCAAAGUGCUUUGUGAAUUUUGGGCCUAAGGACUGAAGUCUCCCAACAAACCUUGCUAGAACAUAUAGUUGCACUGUCUUCAAUGGGACAACUGGGGGAGAAGGUGACAUGCGUCAGUUUUGAAUAACUGUGUCCUAAAUAAAGAAGUACAGGGAUGUGUAACUGUCACUUGAAGUCUGUACAUUCAUGCCUGUUUUUCUACGAAUAUGAUUUAUAUUUUACAUAAAAUGUUUUAUAUUUUAGGUAAUCCAUAUUUAGCAUUGAAGAUAAAAAAUAAAAAUAUUAUUCCCAUGUCUUUUUUUAUAUCACUUUUUUAGUUUUCAGUAAAACCAGCCCUUUUGUGUCAACACUCUUCUCCCAAACUUGCCCACCCUGCUGUAUGCAGGAAAAUAUAUUUUUGUAUUUACUUACAUCCCAUGCAGAGUGAAACCUUUCAUUUUAAACACAGUAGAAAAUUUAAAAUGUUCUAAAUAGACAAGACAAAUAUGCUUAGGCAGUUUAUUUAAAAUUGGCUAUUUUAAUCAGUAUUGUUUCCCAAUAUUCAGUUAUCUCAGUGUAUUGUCUGCUAACUUCAAAAGUAGUUAUUUUGAAAGAGCACAAACAAAAAUUAAAUGAUUGUACUUGAAAAUGCUCUGAAUUUAACGUGCACAGUAGUUAAAAUGUUUUUGGAAGGCUAAUCUGGUGGUAUAUUUCAGUUCAAGUGACGUUUGUAAAUAUAUUUUACAAAUAUUUUUCCAUACAAAAUUAUACUGUUCACCUACUAGGCUCUUCUACUGCAUUCUUCAUAAUUCAUUGCAUAGGCAGUGACUGUGUUAUACUGCCUUUUAUGAGUGCCUCAGGGCACUUUACAAAGAUAUGUAAUGAUACCAUUUUACAGAUGAGUAAACUGAGGCACGGAGUUUGAGUGACUUGCCCACAACCACACAGCAAGUCAGUGGCAGAGAUAGGAAUAAAACCAGAUCUCAUGACUCCCAGUACUUUGCUCUAAUCACUAAAUUGCUCAUUCUGAGAUGGGCAGUAGUAUCUUUGCAUUCUUUAGCAUAAUUUAACACAUCCUGUCGUCAGUUCUAGAGGCUAGUAAUAUUAAACUGCUCCUUUUUAUUGUCCUGUCUUCAGCAGCUACUUAAAAGAAUGUCACCUUACUUUAUGGAUUGACAUGAUAGUUUCUGAUGGAUCUCAAGCUGACUAGCUUAAACAGAAAUUCCAUUAAGAUCUUAAGUAUUUAUAUUUCAUACUUUAGGGUAUAAUAUUUGAAACUACUGUAUGUAUUUCAAUACAUCAACAUUCUGCAAAGCAUUACAUUUGUAGCAAUUUAUCUUAAAGUACACACCUCACUUAUAGUUAACUGUUUUGUAUUCAGAUUGUAAUGUUUUCAAAAGUGGUAUUGAAUGUCAGAGUACAAUGUACAAAAUGUGGUGUAGCUCAGUUCUGUACUUAAAAGUGUGUUCUUCAAAUUGUGAUUUGCUUUCAAAGACUUGUUGCAUAGUUAAUGUGGAAAAUAGACUCAGUACCAAUCUUAGCUUUUUGAUGGUGUAAAGUUUUUUAAUGCGAUUUGCCUCACAUACUAAUCUGUUUUGGCAGCUAAUGAUGUUAUCGACUGUAAGUUCUACUUGUCUGUUUUUUGAGAAUAAAGAUUUUAUUGUAUCUGCAUGUAUUUUAAAUUUUUGGAUAAUUCCAUUGAACUGUGACUACAAUUAGCACAUUAAAAAUUGAUCUUUCUUCUUUUUAACCAGGAAUUAUAUUUGUUAUUGUAGUACUAGUUUUUAGCACUGAUGUCAGUCAUUUAAUUUCACAACCUGUUUUGUACAUGAGAUUUAAAGUUUAGAUCAUGUUUAAAUUUGUGUAAAUUGUUAUGUAAAAUUAUUUGUUCUGAAGAAAAUUGUGUAUGUAUACUUUUGACAUAUGACCCUUAGGGAAAUAUUAGAUUUUGCUGAUAUUUUAAGUAGUUUUGAAUAUCAAACUUAUUUUUACAGAGCUAUACAUAGCUUUAUUUAUUACUUCUCUGACCACCAGAUCAAUGUAUUAUGUAGUUAAAUAUUUGUAGACCAAUUUCACGAAUAUGGUAUUGCGACUAAGCUUAAACAAAAUAAAUGUUUACUGAAACUUUGCACUGAGA